AUGGGCAGUAAGAGCUCACCCCUCCCUGCCGACUUUGAAUGGGGCUUCGCGACAGCAGCAUAUCAGAUAGAGGGGGCUGUCGCGGAGGGUGGUAGAGGCAAAUCCAUUUGGGACACCUUCUGCCAUCUCGAACCAACUCGUACCAAGGGAGCCAAUGGCGAUGUUGCCUGUGAUCACUAUCACCGGUAUGAAGAGGACUUUGAUCUGCUCACCAAAUAUGGUGCCAAGGCGUACAGGUUUUCUUUUUCUUGGCCGCGCAUUAUUCCCCAAGGUGGCAGAAAUGACCCCCUGAACGAGGAGGGCAUUUCCUUCUACGAUAGACUCAUCGACUCUCUCGUCAAAAGAGGAAUCACGCCCUGGGCUACUCUAUACCACUGGGACCUCCCCCAGGCACUGCAUGAUCGUUAUGGUGGCUGGCUUGAUGUUCAAGAGUCUCAGUUGGACUUUGAGCGGUACGCAAGAGUGUGCUACGAGCGCUUUGGAGACAGGGUGAAGAAUUGGAUCACUUUGAACGAGCCGUGGAUUCAAUCCAUCUUUGGAUAUUCUACCGGUGGCAAUGCACCUGGAAGAAGUAGCACAAACGACCAGUCAGACGCCGGCAACAGUGCCACUGAGCCUUGGAUUGUGGGCAAGGCACAGAUUCUGAGCCAUAUUCGCGCUGUCAUUGCCUACAACAAGGACUUUAAGCCCUCUCAAGGAGGUCAGAUUGGCAUAUCACUCAACGGUGACUACUACGAGCCUUGGGACAGUGCAGACUCUCGUGAUGAAGAGGCUGCUGAGCGACGGAUGGAAUUCCACAUUGGCUGGUUCGCAAACCCUAUCUUCUUGAAGAAGGACUAUCCUAGCUGCAUGCGCGAGCAACUCGGCGAUCGGCUCCCACUCUUUACAGAGUCCGAGUUUGCCCUUGUGGAGGAGGCAGACACUGACUUUUACGGAAUGAACUACUACACGUCGCAGUUCGCGCGGCACAGAGACGAGCCCGCGUCGGAUACUGACUUCGUGGGCAACGUGGACGAGCUGCAGCAAAACAAACAGGGUACUCCUGUGGGCGAAGAGAGUGGCCUACACUGGUUACGUUCCUGCCCCGACUUAUUCCGCAAACAUCUGACCCGGGUAUACAAUUUAUAUGGAAAGCCCAUCUACAUCACCGAGAAUGGCUGCCCGUGCCCCGGGGAGGAUAGGAUGACUUGCGACGAAGCAGUCAAUGACCCAUACCGCAUCAAGUACUUCCGCUCUCACCUCGACGCCAUAUGCAAGUCCAUUGUGGACGACGGAGCCGUCAUCAAAGGCUACUUUGCUUGGGCACUUCUCGACAAUCUCGGUGAGUUCCUGUCCACUUCUCAGGUAUCUGUAGCUAACCGCUUCACAGAAUGGUCUGAUGGAUACGGCCCACGCUUUGGCGUUACAUUCACUGAUUACAAGACUUUAGAGCGGACUCCCAAACAGUCUGCGUUGCUGCUGAGGAAAAUGUUUGCGGAAAGACAGGGCAUCUUCAUCACUAGCUAA